AUGGAGAAAGAAGAAGACUUCUGGACCAUUGACGAAGCACUAAAAAGUCCGAGCAGUGAUGGCGAUGACAGGUUGUUUGCGCCAUGUGUUCCCGAGAAGUACAGAGGCACGGCGGCGGACAGACAUGACAUGCAGGUCCUUGGUCGAGAGCAGGUGCUGAGGAGGAAUUUCAAGUCGAUCACCAUCAUGGGCUUCGCGAGCAUGGUCAUGGUGGCAUGGGAGGCUCUGCUGGUAGUCGUUCAAUAUCCCCUUAUAGAUGGCGGCUCUCCGUGCCUGUUCUGGGGUUUGAUCAUAGCACCCAUCGGUCUGACAUUCGUAUACGCCAGUAUUGCUGAGCUUGCUUCGAUGAGCCCAACGGCUGGCGGCCAGUAUCAUUUCGUGAGCGAGUACGCUCCACCAAAGUAUCAGAAAGUGCUCAGCUACAUCACCGGCUGGCUCAUCGCUCUGGGAUGGCAAACAUGGUUGGCAGGCACGAGCUUCAUGGCGGCUACCGCAAUGCAAGGCUUGAUCUCCCUCAAUAUGCCCAGCUAUACCUGGGAUGGCUGGCGAGGGACGCUCCUCGUCAUUGGAAUCAUCGUGUUCUCCGUUCUCUUCAAUACAGUCCUUGCCGCAAGAUUACCGUUCAUCGAGGGGAUCCUUCUAAUCCUCCACGUCGCUGGACUGUUUGCCAUCAUCAUUCCGCUCUGGGUCAUGGCGCCAAUCGGAAACGCAAGAACCGUGCUUCUCGAAUUCGAAGACAAUGGCAACUGGGGCAACACUGGUUUGUCGACGCUGAUCGGUCUUCCGACGAUGAUUGCUAUGCUUUAUGGCUACGACUGUGUCGUUCAUAUGUCUGAGGAGGUCAAAGAUGCUUCCAAAGUCAUUCCGCCUGCCAUCCUAGGCGGCAUGUGGACCAACGCUGUGCUGAUGCUGGUUGUCGGCGUCACCUUCAUCUUCACAAUGGGCGACACUGAAGCCCUCCUGGAAUCGCCGAUCGGGGUCCCUUUCAUCCAGAGCUUUCUCAAUGCAACGGGAAGCUAUGCAGCUACGAACGUUGUUACUGUCUUCAUCAUCGUGACGUUGAUCUCGGCUUGUGUGAGCGAAGUCGCGACAGCUUCUCGUCAGAUCUGGUCGUUUGCUCGUGAUAAUGGACUGCCGUUCUCCAGCUGGCUGGCGAAGGUAGCGCCUGGAUGGAACGUCCCUGUCAAUGCCGUGUUGGUCUCUAUUGGUUUCACGGCUUUGAUAUCGUUGAUCAACAUCGGUUCGACAGUCGCGAUGAACGCGGUAAACUCAUUGGCACAAGUUGCCAUACUUGCCUCGUACAUCAUUACGAUCGGCUGCUUGAUUUGGCGCCGCCUUUACGGAGAACCGUUGCCACCCAGCCGAUGGAGCCUGGGCAGAUGGGGUCUUCCCGUCAACAUCAUCUCGCUCGUCUUCAUGAUCCCAGUGCUGUCGUUUGCGACGUGGCCGCUGGAGCAGCCAGUGACUCCUCAAAACAUGAAUUGGUCCAGCGUCAUGUUUGUUGGGGUUCUAGCUCUCGCUGCGGUCUUUUACGUGGUAAAAGCAAGGCAUGUGUAUGUUGGGCCGGUCGUUUUGAUCAAGCGAAAUUGA